GGGAGCCGCGGCACGGAGUCGGGUCGUAGUCUUUAGGUGAGAGUGUGGCCUCGGUUGACUCGUCCCGCUUCUCUUACUCGCGACAAGGGGCGGGGGGAAGGGGUAGGUCACCGCGUCCCUGGGGCCUGCGUGCGGCCGCGGCCGCCCCUCGGCAGGUCUGAUUGGUUGUCUGGUACUUCAUCGGUGGCAAACAGGACAAUGGCUGCCAGCAAGGGCAAGAACCAGAGUUCCUUGGCACUCCAUAAAGUGAUCAUGGUUGGUAGUGGAGGUGUAGGCAAAUCUGCGCUCACUCUCCAGUUCAUGUAUGAUGAGUUUGUGGAAGACUAUGAACCUACCAAGGCUGACAGCUACAGAAAGAAAGUAGUUCUAGAUGGUGAAGAAGUUCAGAUAGACAUUCUGGACACAGCAGGACAGGAGGAUUAUGCAGCGAUCAGAGAUAACUAUUUCCGCAGUGGGGAGGGAUUUCUUCUAGUCUUCUCAAUAACAGAGCAUGAAUCCUUCACAGCUACAGCAGAAUUUCGGGAACAGAUCCUGCGUGUGAAGGCUGAAGAAGAUAAAAUACCUUUACUGGUAGUAGGAAACAAAUCUGACUUGGAAGAGCGCCGACAAGUGCCUGUAGAAGAGGCUAGAAGUAAGGCAGAAGAGUGGGGCGUGCAGUAUGUAGAGACCUCUGCCAAAACUAGAGCAAAUGUAGAUAAGGUAUUCUUUGAUUUAAUGAGAGAAAUCAGAGCAAAGAAAAUGUCUGAAAACAAAGACAAGAAUGGCAAGAAAAGUGGAAAGAACAAGAAAAGCUUUAAAGAAAGAUGUUGCUUACUGUGAUGCUUGGGAACUGUAUAUCUAUCUAAUGGCAUGGAUAAGAUACCACUAAGGAUAUAGGGCUGGAUUCAUGAAAGGAAGUCUGUAUUGACUCCCUUAUCUCUUGCUUUGCAUAUCAUACCUUCAAAAUGUGAAAACAACUUUGAAACCAUUUCUGGUAUCCAACAAAACCUAUGCCUACUUAAACUGAAUUGUCUCUGUCUUCCCAGUGUCUUUCAAAACUAGAAACUGUUGAGAUUUCAGAACUACAAUCACUCUAUCUGGUUAUACCAAGUUCUUUCAUAUUAACUGCCUGGUUUAAUGUCUCAGAAUAUGUUUCUUGAACCUCUACUGGCCCUAACAAGCACAGCUGUUCAGGUUCAAACAGUGUUUUCACUGUUGCCCUUCUUAAUGUUGCAAACUGCAGAAAAGCUAGAUGACAACCGGUCAGUGUCUCUGUCUUCUGUUAGUGGUUACUGAGUUGUUAUACUGAAAUUUGCUGGUUUCCUUCCUACGCUCCACUUAAAUAGCAACUGACACUUGAGUCAACUCAAAACAAACUUUCUUCCCUGUUCUGUUUAGUCAAUAUGGCAUUCAUGAAUCAAGCCUAUGGACUCAAUUUGGACUUAUUCAGGUAAUACAAAAAAGGUAUUUAAAUAUUGGCACUCCCUGAUGUUCUGUCUUGUCAUCCUUAAAUUAGAGUUACGGGGUGAGAAAAUGACUAAGCUUUUCAUCAGAAGGAAUACUGUUGCCACAGUCUCCUAGAAGUGCUAUCCUGGAUUUGUUCCAUGUAUUGUGGCUAUUAUGCUCAUUCUGCAUUGGUCAUUCAUCGCCUUCCCGGUACUGGAACAGUGAAAAUCAGUGUUCAUCAGUUUUGUUUAUAUUGGAAAAUGUGUGAUAAGUUGGAAAAGUGGGAACAUCUGCAUCCAUUUCCUGCUGAAAUUGAAAGCUGAGUAAGGAUGGCUCACAUCACAAUCAUGACUUGGAAUAGGUGAGGCAUACAUGCUACCUCUCUGAUUAAUUGGCUAGUGAGUCCGUGUGGUGUAGUUGCAAAAAGUGAAUGAAGUUAAGCAGUUACCAUGUCUGUUACUCACUGUUAAUUUUAUAUGUACUGUUUCUGAUGCGUAGCAACCUAGCACGUGGAGACGCACGUUGAGUUUUGCUGUCAGUUAUGCAAUGGUGGUCAUGUUUUAAUCAACAAAAACCAGCCUAGAAAUGGAAGAGAAGUCAGUGCUUAGCAGGUCUUGUCAGCUGACUGAACUGUGUUUUCUGAUGCAGUUUAAACUAAAGUGCAGUUGCCAAAAAAUACUUCUGUCGCUGUUGUAGAAUGUAACCGUCUCUUCUGUUUGUGGAGUCUCUCAAUGAAUUAUGGAUAUCUUCCUAUUUCAAAGGAGUAGACAGACUUGAAGUAGUGACUGUACCUUGCUUUUUAACCAGAUGCUUAAAGCACUAUUGGUGGAAAAAAUGAUGCUGUGUGGUUGUUCAGUGAAGCACACUGCAGCACUAAAUUAACAAAUGCUGUUUCUUGAGGUGAACGAAUAGCAAAUACUGUUCAGUACUUAGUAUUGUAAUUUGAGGAUGAAGAACAUUUUUAACAUGUACUAGAUUGCUCUUGUGCAUUCCACCUCUGAACUUUGGGGAGAAAAAGAUGUUAGAUAUCAGAACCUCUGUUGGUCUGAGGUUUUACAGGGAUUUAUCACACUCAUUGUCUUCCAUAACUAGUUUAACUUGUCAGGCAACUCAUUGGACUGGGGAAACUGUACUAAAUAAAAGGUGCUGUAAUCUUCAUGUCAAGUUGAAUUCAUUUUCUGUUAAUGUUCUGUGCACGGAAAGAAUGGUUCACAAAGUCUUGGAAAUAAUUCUUUCAAUAAUAUAAUUAAUUGGUAUAACAAAGCCAACUGAAUAUAGUUUUUGAGGCAGAGGCUGGGAGCCUGAUGGCUUGUAGAACUGCAUGAACUGUACCACCUGUAUCUGAAGCCUAAAUAUCCAAUGGGACACUUAAAGCUGUUUAAAGCUUCUAACAAAACUUCCUCUUGGAUUUAGAUCGACUCCAUUUCUGUGUGCAUGCUGUAUCUACAGCACAUGAACGUCCACUUCUGGAGGCGGACCGCUCACUUAGGUUUGGCUUUAGUUGAGACCUAAAGGUUAAGUCCUUAAUUAACCUAAAGGAUAAACAAUGGCUGAGUUCACAUUACAAGCUUACCUAGGUCAAGCCCCUCUGAGGCGGAUUGUAAAAUGUGACUAACAAAACUGAAUAAGCUUUCCUUGCUAUAUGAAUAGUGAACUCAGCAAAGCUUACAAUGAGUGCCUCAGCUGUUAGCUCAAGUGACUUUCAUGCUUUGACCUUUGACCUCUCUAAUCAUAACAUACCUGACAGUAUUUGAUAGGACAGAUGAACUUCUGUUCAGAACAGUCAGUCUCCCACUGGUGUUGUUCCUUUGUGUGCUGGCUUCAUUCAGAUGACUUUUUCCCAACAGAUGAAGCCCUAGUGCUGAGGUGGAGUUGCUUGGAAGAAGCUACUUGGUACUGCAUUUCUUCAGUGCUCUGUUCUUGUCACCCUUACUAGAAAUGCUAGGCCUAGAGGCUAAAUUGAGCAGCUCUUCAGUAUCCUUUUCUGUACUUCUGAAAAGCUUCAAUUUGACUUGACAGAUACAGCUGAAAACAUGGUAAACAAGGCAGCUACUCUGACUGCUUUGUAACAGUGGGCAACAAGCUUUGACUUGCACCAGGAAGUCAAUGAAGCUGUUCCCUUGAACUGGAAUCCUGCUGCCUCCACCUCAUAUGGUGGAUGUGCCUGAAUGCGUAUUCUUAUAAAAGUGCAUUGCCCCACUGUGGGUUCCUGAAUUACUUCCAAGUGCGUUUCAGUGGACAUCGGUAUGAGGUGGGUUGACUGGAAUGAAUGGGAAGUGGCACAGAAAUGCUUCCUUUGGAUUUGGGGCUUUCCUGUGAACAGAACAAAGGUACCUUUGGCUUCUAAUCUAAAUGAAUAUUUACUGCUCAGGUACGUGGAACAAGGAGGACUUUGGCAAGAGUUGUGUAGCUGCCUGCUAGCCUUGCUGCCUAGCUGAGACAGUUCAAGGCUUUGAAGCUUAUACGUUCUAGUAGCCUUCGCAUGUUAGGUAAUUAAAGGCCAAGUUUUUACUUCAUCAGUGUGAUCUGCCCUUGAGUCUUCCUAGAGCAUGGCUGUAGGCAAGUAACUGGGUAUUUGAGGUUAGAGGUCAUGCGAGGCUUGCUGUAGUGCAAGCACACAGCCAGGUGUUUUUCUUACAUAAUGGCUUGACAUAGUCAGGGUACUCUUUACUGUAGUGUGUAAUCUCUUGUAUUUGGUUUAACUGUGGGUAUUGAAGCGUUCUAGUCUUCAGAUAUGGGAAAGCAUGUAUGAGACAAGCCCCCCUUUUGAAUAGGGGCAAGUCACUCUAAAAUGCAACUUCAAAAAGCAGGUUAAAGUCAGGAAUGCAAAAGCUGACUCUGCCUGACCAGAAAGGCUGUCUCUAGAUGAGAGUACAGACCAUGAGGAACAUCCACAGUGACAUCAUACCAUGUGUUACAUACAGACCAAUGCUCCUUUACUGCAAUUCUAGGCAAGCCUUUGGCUUGGUGAAGAAAGAUGUGCAUGCAUUUACUGGGUAUUUAACUUCAGCAAGACUUCAGUAUCUAUCCGAAGUUCCUGUUGAAAUCUAUCUGGCUAAUACUUUAGGUCUAAGGUACAAAGCUGCUGUUUGGAACGUAGUGGGGGAGGAAUGCAUUGAAAUAAAUGCUCACCAUGAAUAUUGUGUUCAACUUUCCAAAGUGUUAAUCCUGUGCUUGGGGCUGACAGGUCUAUCAAUUCUUC